AUGCAGGCUGCUGCGGCUUAUGGACUAGAGUUUCAGGCCCGUGCGAUAGCGCCGUUUUAUCAUCCAUCCAAUGGUAGUAUGACCUCCCAUCGAUUUAUUGUAGGCACAUCGUGUUUUGCCGGGGGAAAUAAAAUACAUUUAUUGGAUUAUCAAGAUGAGGCUCGACUGCUUGAGUGUACAAUGGUGUGGUUUCACGAGGAAGAGGUGUAUGGACUCUGGAGUUCACCAUCCCUUACGGAGCCAAGUUUAUUAGCAGUGCGAUCAUCUUCACAAUCUCGUGUUUUUCGCGUACCCGAAUUAAUAUCCGGUGAAUUGCAAGAAGUUGCAUCUUUUGCCGCAGCGACUUCGCAGGUUCUCUGGGAUUUGGAAGGACUGCAGAAUGAGGUGCGGGUAACGGCAGGGAGUGCUCUUAUAGUCUACACAUUGGAUGAAGGGAGAGGAGGAAAGGAAGUCUCUAGUUUUAAAGUGGAGGGUUGUAAAAAAAUUAAUUAUGCCGCAUUAGACCCUCAUCAUUCAUCUGUGUGUAUUGUAGCAUGUGAAGGUAACGGAUUAUAUUUGAUCGAUACAAGAAAAAAACAACCUGUUUCUAUCGGGAACACUAACGCUCUCCAUGGAUUUGGUCAAACACGUUGUAUAGAUUUUAGUAGUUGCCAAGCAAAUAUCUUAUUAUCAUCUGGUGAUGAUGGUUUUGUUCUUUGGCAUGAUAUUCGCAUGAAUGGUUCAGAAUGCUUAGCGUACAAGAGACGUCAUUUAAAAGCUCAUGAUCACAUUGCUCAUAAAGCACUCUUUAAUCCAUUUCAUGAUGAAUUAUUAUUGUCUUGUGGUUCAGACCACACAUUAAAGUUGUGGGAUGCCUCUAAGCAGGAUGCAAGUGAAGAACAGGCCGUAUGCUUAAGACGACUCACAGACUUUGCAGACUCUGUCGUGGAUGCCUGUUGGAGUAGUAGUGGUCCUUGGGUCUUUGCAGGAGUCUCAUUCAAUGGAAGAGUUAUCGUGGAUGAAGUACCAAAGGAGAAAAAGAUGGAAAUUCUUUUAAAGGAGAAUUGA